CAACUUUACACGAUUGACCUUUCAAUCGCUAGCUUGAGUUUGCUCUCGGUAGCGAUGGCGAAUUAGCAUUCCCAUCUCGGACGUAGACGUAAUAUUUGGAAACCCAUGGUAUUAAAGCUUCUUGCAUUAAUUUGAUGUCUCAGUGAUCAGGAAGAUUUAGAUUAGAAUGGCUACUAGACUCGACAGACUGUUCCUUCUCCUGGAGACAGGGUCUACCCAUGUCACAAGAAGGGCUGCUGCACAACAGCUCGGAGAAGUUCAGAAACUACAUCCUCAUGAUCUCCAUAUCCUUCUCUCCAAGGUUCAUGGGUAUCUGAAGAGUGGAUCUUGGGACACAAGGAUAGCUGCAGGGCAAGCUGUGGAAGCCAUUGCUAAGAAUGUACCACAAUCACAUCAUCCCAUCAACCCCAUCAAACCAGAACCAGGCGUAGAUGGUCCACCCAGUAUCGGCGUAACUUCUGCCCAGGCCCAACGUGAGGCCAGUCGUCUGGAGUUCUCUAAGUUUGAUGUGGCUCGGGUCUUGGAACAAGGUGCCUCUCUCCUUGGCUCAGCAGGAUCAGAAUAUGAGCUUGAAGUUGAUGUUGGUGGUGAUCCUAAAGAAAGGUUGGCCAAGCAGAAGAGACUUCUACAGAAGAAGCUAGGUUUAGAUGUUGGUCUCAUCGGCGUUGAAACGGAUGACCUCUUCACCGAUGAUGACCUGAAGACCCUCCCUCAGACUCCCAUGAGCUCAAAUCUGUUGAAACCUCCAGCAAGUGCAGCUGACAUUGUAGCCCAGGAAAUGGCUAGCCUUGGUCCUGGCCUGAGUUCUAGAGAGAAGAACAGGGCUAAGAGAAAGGCUAAGCUGCUAGCUAAACAGAGGUCCAAAGAUGGUCUAGAAGGAACCAGCAUGGACAAGGAGGAGCCGACCAAGAAGCGGUUGAGAGCCGGUAGUACCUUCGGCAGCCAAGCCAGUAUGUCCUUUGACAAGGCGGUGGUAGAGAGCCUUGAUAAUACCAUCUUCCUGGAAGAGCCUGGAGACUGGUCAUUUACAUCCUUCUGUGAGCAGCUGACUAACGACCUGUUUCACCAGUCCUGGGAGAUCAGGCAUGGGGCAGCUACGGGGCUCAGAGAGGUCCUCAAGGCCCAUGGACAGAGUGCAGGAAAGUCAGCUGAUACUUCUGUAGACCAGGAUGUUCUAAAUCAGAUGUUUUUAGAAGAUAUGUCACUUCGACUGCUCUGUGUGCUUGCCCUUGAUCGCUUUGGAGACUUUGUCUCAGAUGAGGUGGUAGCCCCGGUCAGAGAGACGUGUGCCCAAGCUCUGGGGGUGGUCCUUCAUCACAUGACCCCCGAGGCUGUGCAUGGUGUGUGUACCAUCCUCCUCCAGCUCCUAGCCCAGAACCAGUGGGAGGUCCGUCAUGGUGGGCUUCUGGGACUCAAGUAUCUGCUGGCGGUCAGGAAGGAAAUGACGGAGGUUCUUCUUCCUGCUGUGCUGCCCUCUAUCAUCCAAGGCCUUCAGGAUGUGGAUGAUGACGUGAGGGCCGUAUCCGCUGCGGCCUUGCUACCUGUCACUCAUGUACUCAUUAAGACAAGUCCACAACAGGUGAUGCAGAUCCUGCACACGCUCUGGGAGACCUUGGUCGAGCUGGACGACCUGACCGCCUCCACCAACAGCAUCAUGAACCUCCUAGCCUCCCUGCUCUCUCAUCCUUCAGUCUGUAUCCAGUCCAGUCUCAGUCAGCCGCUAGAGACCAUGGUGCAGAGGCUGUGGCCCUUCAUGAGGCACAACAUCGUCUCAGUCCGCAGGGCCGUCCUGGACACCCUUUACACACUGCUCUGUACAGAGAAUCCACAGAUGCCUGUAGCAGCUUGGAUUCCUUCUAUCCUGACUGACAUGCUGAGACAUGUCUACCAGAGAUGCAUCUUGGAGACCAAUAGGGAUAUCCUAGAACUUGUCAAAAAGGUCUGGGAUGCUCUCCUUCAGGAAACUCCAUUUGAGUUUGUGGUUCAAGCGGCCUUCCCCUGGGUGAGCACCUGGCUGUGUCUAGCCAUGCAACCUGCUAGAGUAGCCAUUGACCCACAGAUGAUCAUUGAAGCAAAGCACAAGCCUAAGGAAACGAGCAAGUCACCCGGGAAGUCUUCAUGGAAGUGCCAGCAGACGAUACUUGAAGAUGAUGUGGAGUACAUCGGAGGGGACAUCUCCAUGACAGCAUCUCAGCUGGAUCAGGAAGAAGCUGUCUUGCUUGCAAGGGCAACUGCUGCAAGACUCCUCGGGCGACUAGCUCCCUACCUGACCCUCACCAUAGCUCCCAGUGAGGAUGGUGGACUCGACCCUUUCAGUCAGGUCCUCCAGUUCCAUCUCAACACCAAGAAUGCAGUGCAGCGGAUGCAGGUUGCCAUGGUGAUUGAAGAGUGGGCCAAAGCAGGACUACAGAACUGCAAAUGCCCUGAUGGCCUCAAGUCAACCCUGGUAGAAGUCUUAUCCAGUACAGUCUAUUUUGAAGAGGUUACCAAUCCUUUUAUGAAAUUACAGCUAGAAUGCAAGAGCCUUGUCGUGUCAUGGAGAGCAAUCCGACCUGACAUCUUGCAAACAAGUUUCCCAAGUGCCUUUACAGUAGACCAGGCCAAGUCAUUGUACGACUCGGUCCAGCCGCACCUAUCCCAGACGGUCGGUGGAAGCGAUAGCAAUCAAGACCUACAGAGCAAGGCUAGACAGGUGCUGGCAUCUGUCAAUGAAAUCAAUGAACAGCAGCAGAAACUCAGCAUCAGAACUCAGUCCUGCGUAACAGGAGCCCUCGUCUCACUCCAAGCCUUACCCGAUAAGCUGAACCCACUCAUCAGACCUCUGAUGGACGCUGUGAAGAAGGAAGAGAGUCCUCUUAUGCAGAAAAGAGGAGCAGGAAACUUGGCCCGCCUCCUGGAGCUCUGCUCAUCCCGCCAGCCUUGCCCUAACCCCAAGAUCAUCAAGAACCUCUGCACCUGUCUCUGCUCCGACUCCUCCAUCACCCCUCCCGCCUCCCAGCCCCUCCGGUCCUCCUUCUCCUCCACCACCACUGAGCCCCCAUCAAACACCCUGGGGGUGCCUAUGCCGGGCCCAGGGGGGUCCAGGUCGUCCUCGCCCAUGACGGUCGGGAGCGGGGAGGGGAGCAGCUUGCAGGCGAUCAUCCCCUGUGAUAAGCUUCAUGGGGUUCUUACGCUGUCCAAACAACAGCAGCAAGCUGUCUGGACUGCCGCCAGCAGACGAGCAGCCUUCAUGAAGUCUCGCAGCCGCGACAGCAGCAUGCCUGACAUUGCGCUGGGCCUGGGCGCCGAUCCCGGAGGGGAGUCGUCGGAAGCAAUGAAGCAGGCAAAGAUCCAGAGGAGAGGGGCGGAGAUGGCCCUGACCACCAUCACGGCUCACUUCGGCAGCAGGCUGCUGGAGAUGAUAGGCAAAGUCUGGGAGUCCAUGACGGGUCAGCUUGUAGAGCAGAUUAAGCCAGGGAAAUUUGAUCAGGCAUCUUUCCUAGACAAGGACCAUCAGGCCCAGGAGCUUGUUAGCACUAUGCAAGUCUUUGAAUCUCUGGCUCCUGUAUUACAUUCCUGUUAUCAUCCUAAGUUGGAGGAACUCCUUCCCCAUUUCAUCACGUGCCUGGAGCACCCCUACACAUCGGUACGACACAUGUCAUCCCGCUGCCUGGGAACCAUGUGCAAGGUCAUCACCACGGCAACCAUGAACCGUCUCCUGAUGGAGGUCAUCCCCAUGCUAGGAGCGCAGGAGGAUGAGGUCAAGCGAGAGGGAGCGGUGGAGGCUUUGGCAUGCGUCAUUGAGCAGCUGGGCAUGCACAUCGUGCCCUACAUUGUCCUCCUGGUCGUACCCUUAUUAGGCAGGAUGAGUGACCAAGUGGACAGCAUCAGACUGACCGCUACUCAGUGCUUUGCCACCCUGAUCAGGCUCAUGCCCCUAGAGGCUGGUAUUCCUGAUCCACCCGCCAUGACGGAAGCCCUCAUUGAGCAGAAAAACAGGGAACGUUGUUUCUUGGAACAGCUCUUGGAUGGAUCCAAAAUAGACCCAUUCAAGGUUCCUGUUCCUAUCAAGGCUGAACUCAGGAAGUACCAACAAGAUGGUGUUAAUUGGUUGGCAUUUCUCAACAAGUACAAGCUACACGGCAUCCUGUGCGACGACAUGGGUCUGGGUAAGACCCUCCAGUCCAUCUGCAUCAUGGCUGGAGACCACUGCAACCGAGGCACCGCCUACAAGAAGACCAAGAGCGCUGAUAGCUUACCCAUGCCCUCUAUAGUUGUGUGUCCUCCGACGCUGACAGGUCACUGGGUCUAUGAGGUACAGAAGUUCUGCUCAAGUCAGUAUCUGAAUCCGUUGCACUACACAGGUCCUCCAACCGAACGUACAAGGUUGAGGAGCAAAGUAAAGAAGCAUAAUCUUGUUAUUGUCUCCUAUGAUAUCGUCAGGAAUGAUAUUGACUUCUUCAGGACGAUAGACUGGAACUAUUGUAUCCUUGAUGAGGGUCAUAUAAUCAAGAAUGGUCGGACCAAACUAGCCAAGGCCAUCAAGCAGCUCAAUGCGUGUCAUAGACUCAUCCUGUCUGGCACACCAAUACAGAACAAUGUGCUGGAGCUGUGGUCCCUCUUUGAUUUUCUGCUGCCUGGUUUCCUUGGAACGGAGAAGCAGUUCAUUGCCAGGUUUGCUAAACCCAUCCUGCAAAGUAGAGAUGCUAAGAGCUCUUCCAAAGAACAAGAAGCAGGAGCGCUGGCCAUGGAAGCUCUUCACCGUCAGGUUCUACCGUUUCUCCUGAGGAGGCUCAAAGAAGAUGUUCUUGACGACCUUCCACCUAAGAUCAUUCAGGAUUAUUACUGUGAGCUCAGUCCACUACAGGUUCAACUUUAUGAGGACUUUGCCAAGUCUAGGGCUAAGAUGGGAGUGGUGGAGACCAUCUCCUCUGAGGCUGAGGAUCAGAAACCUAAAGCACCUGCUGCUGCCACGGGACAUAUAUUCCAGGCUUUGCAGUAUCUACGUAAGGUCUGCAACCAUCCGUUACUCGUCCUGAACAACAAGCAUCCCCAGUAUGAGACGGUUACUAAGCAACUGAAAGUACAGAAAUCAUCCCUCCAUGACAUCAACCAUGCUCCAAAACUCAUUGCUCUCAAACAACUGUUAUUGGACUGUGGUAUUGGUGUGGAUGCUCUAGGGUCUAGUCCAGGUUCUGAGUUGACCCAGUCUGUGGUCAGUCAGCAUCGUGUACUGCUCUUCUGUCAACUCAAGGGAAUGCUGGACAUCGUGGAGAAAGACCUCCUCAGAUCUCAGAUGCCAUCUGUAGCCUACCUGAGACUAGAUGGCAGUGUGCCUGCUGGCCAGAGGCAUGACCUCGUUCACAGAUUCAACAAUGAUCCAUCCAUUGACAUUCUUCUAUUGACCACUCACGUUGGUGGUCUGGGGCUGAACUUGACCGGGGCAGACACGGUCAUCUUUGUAGAACACGACUGGAAUCCCACCAAGGACUUACAGGCCAUGGACAGAGCUCACAGGAUAGGGCAGAAGAAGGUUGUGAACGUCUAUCGUCUCAUCACCAGAGGUACACUGGAGGAGAAGAUCAUGGGACUUCAGAAGUUUAAGCUGAACAUUGCUAACACAGUCAUCACCCAGGAUAACUCCAGUCUACAGUCUAUGGGAACAGAACAGCUCCUCGACCUCUUCAACUUAGAUAUGAAUGGCCCUAUCGGACCUGGGGAGGCAACCAUUGAGGGGAAUGGAAGCAAGAGUAAGCAAGGUCCAAACUCAAUGAACUCCAUCCUCUCCAACCUCGGUGAUCUGUGGGAUGAGAGCCAGUAUGAGACCGAGUACAAUCUUGAAGACUUCAUGCAAAGCUUAACGUCAAGAUGAACAGGUGGGACCAGGCUGAUGUGUUGAGGACAAUGCGUGGAAGCGAAGGAGUGGGACUAACUUGUGUUCUCCGCAAGUUAUACAUGUACAUGAAAAGUGGAGUGCAUGGCUGCUGCAGUUUUUGGCAUGCAACAACACAGUGCAGACAGAAGAAACUAGAUUUGUUUGGAAGAGCAUCUGACUUUUCUUGUCAAAUUAGAGAGUUUAUGCAAAAGAAUGAAUGGAUGGGACCAUGGCUGAAUAUGUUCGAAAGUCAUUUCGUAAAUAUGGCAUGCAUGGGGCUGAUCUCAUUUGCUUGUAGAAAAUGGUGCAGAGAGGAUGACACCAAUUUAAGCCUUUGGGACUGAAGUGGUAAGAAGGGGUGCCUUUGAGUAAAGCGGAGACGGAGCCUUGAAGAAUG